UUUAAAAAGAGGCGAUUCCCAAACUACUGCAUGGGCUGUGUGAAGUUUUACAAUUUUGGCAAUGUGGCCUUUUUACUGUCUUACUGCUCGAAGUAAACCCGGAGACGAAGUCAUGUUGUGAAGCGGCGCGUCAAACCUUUCAGUCAUGUUGUUUUUAUUUGUAAGGGCUGCAGAUGAGCCAUCAGAAGCAUUUUAGAAAGUGUCGUCCAUCAGUCACUAUUAAAAAUGGCUAUACGUUGGGAAUGUGAUGUCACUGAGUUUGUGUUUUUUGGGCUUAUUAGCUUUAUUUUCGUCUUAAAACGAUGAGUCCCUCUACAUGACGCGGCGCGCAAGUUGUUGAUGACGCGGCACGCACGUUGUUGAUGACGCGCGUGUUGUUGUGCUACAGACGGAGAUUUUGGGGAAGUUUUAAGCAGCUUCGCAAAAAACAGUUUCGAAAUUCCCACAGUAACGUAACCAGGUCUUUUAAUCACGAUCGUUAAAUGCGUGUGUACACAUGACUGCCGUCCGACCACAAAUGAAGAUUGUGUUUCCUCAAAAAAAGGGCUUUCCCCCCCCCCGCCCCCCAACGGUCGACAGAAAGCUGGCUAGCUGGCUAGGCUAACGUUAGCUAAUGUGCUAUUCUAGCUAGCGCGGGCUGGAUGUUUGGAUGUUAAAUAUAUUCGCUUCGCACGACUCGGUUCUGACACUGAUUUAAACAAAAGUCGUCUGUUGCUAUAUCGGCACACGACCAUGUUGGUAAACCCGACGCGGGGGUUUCACUGGUCAGACGCGGAGACGAGAGCGCUGCUGAACAUCUGGGGCGAGCACGACGUCCAGACAGCACUGGACGGAAACUUUCGGAACAGCCACGUCUACCGCGACGUGGCGGCCCGUCUGGGAGACAUGGGCUACGACCGCACCCCGGACCAGUGCCGAGUUCGGGUCAAGAGCCUGAAAAGACAGUAUUACCAGGCGAAGAAGGCCUCCAAGAGAAACGGCCAGUAUCACAAGACCUUCAAGUUCUACGAGGAGAUGGAGAAGAUACUGAGCAGCAGGUCGGCGGCGACGCUGGAGUCGCAGGACGCGGACGGGGUCGCUGUGGAAGGAGACGAGACGAUGGACGGCACGGAGGAGGACGGGGACAGCAUUGACCAGCCGCAGGACUCGGACAUGGACGGGGCCGGGGAGUGCUCCAACGCGGACUACCCCGUGAAAGUCGAGUACCCGUCCUAUCCCAUCCCUGUGACGGUCGGCAGCAGCAAUGUUCCCGUGAAACAGAGCGGCAUUCAGAACACCAGCAUGGCGUCACCCUCGGCAGGCAAAACACGGCGGUACAAAAAGCGGUUUACAAACCUGUCGCUGGAAAAACUCAUGGAGAAGUUUCUGGAGCAGAGCUUGGAAGCGGAAGAGGGCUUCUACAGGCUGGAGGAGCAGCGACUGCGAGCCGAGGACGUCCGCAGGGAGACGGAGCACACCAGAGAGCUCCACAUGCUGCAGAUGCUGGGGCAGAUGUUGGCUGGCCUCGCCACGCCUGCGCCCUCGCCCACUCCGCAACCCGCGUGUAACUCGCAAAUGACUCCCUCCGCAGGAUCUUUUUUUGGCACCCAUAGCCGUCAAGCUUCUCAGGCCGAGUAUGCCAACCACGGCCAGCAGCGAGCCGCCCCAGUCAUAGAGCGGUCGUUCACCCUUGGGCGGGCAGCCAGUGGCAACAUGGACAACGUCCUCCCUCUGGUUAAAAACACCAUCCCCCCGCUGACGUCCAAAAAGCACAAGGGUCAGGAUGGCCGCAUAGGCGUCAUCGGGGGAUGCCAGGAGUACACUGGAGCACCGUACUUUGCAGCCAUUUCUGCAUUAAAAGUAGGCGCCGACUUGUCCCACGUGUUCUGCACCAAAGACGCUGCCAGUGUGAUCAAGUCCUACAGUCCUGAGCUCAUCGUCCAUCCUGUGUUGGACAGUCCCAAUGCUGUAGAGGAGAUGGAGAAAUGGCUUCCCAGACUACACAGUCUGGUUGUGGGUCCUGGCUUGGGAAGGGAAGAUGUGCUCCUGAAGAAUGCAAAGGCGAUUAUCGAAAAGUCAAAAUCCAGAGGAAUUCCAGUCGUCAUUGAUGCAGAUGGGCUUUGGCUGGUGGCUAAAGAGCCAUCUGUCAUUCAGGGUUAUCAGAAAGGAAUUUUAACGCCCAACGUCAUGGAGUUCAGGCGUCUGUAUGAGGCUAUGCACCAUGAGUCCUUGGACAGCAAUGACCCCAGAGGGUGUGCUCAGCAACUGAGCAUCGCCAUGGGGAACGUGACACUCCUUUUAAAAGGAGAGGAGGACAUCAUCACUGAUGGCAACAUGGUACUGACCUGUAAUCAGGAGGGCAGUGGGCGUCGCUGUGGGGGGCAGGGAGACCUUCUCUCUGGUGCUCUGGGAAUCUUCUCCCACUGGGCUUUCAGCUCGUCUGCAGAGGCGACCAAAGGCAUGAAUCCCGCGUUGUUGGCAGCGUUCGGCGCAGCCUCGCUGACCAGGCAGUGCAACAGACAGGCCUUCCACAAACAUGGCCGCUCCACCAUCACGUCUGAUAUGAUCCAGGAGAUCUGCAUCGCCUUCAAGAAGCUAUUCGAAAGCUAAACUGGGCAAGCUGGACACUCACCCACGAUGCAGCCCACUACAACGGCCUCCUAUCUCACUAAUGGGCUCACACGUUCAGAACCGAAGAGGGGAGGGGAGGGGAGGGGACGGGACGGGGGGGGAAGAUGUUGAGCUAUACAGUUGAAGCCAAUACUCAUCAACACGGAACCCUAGGUGCAUUCUGGCCAGGCUCUUCACACACACACUCCUACACUGUGGUCACCUGAACAGACUCUAUCCUGCUUUUUAUGCAUGUUUCACAUUUUCUAUCUCAUUCAUACACUGGACACGUUCAUGUGGUAACAUAGCAACGUCAUGACCCCCGAACUGUGGCUGUCUAACCGACGCAGGGACGCUUUUCUGAUCUAGUGCGCAGUGAUGGGUCCUGACCAAGGACGUGAGAGUAUCAGAUCAGAUACUAUACGAUAGCAAUUACUGUACUGACAACACACUAAUGGUUCUGUGUGGAGUAGGGAGGAUGUGCCACCCGUUUUCAAUUGCUUAGUCUAUAAAGUUUCUAAUAGAGGAGAGAAUAUGGGAGAUGGCACAGUGCCAGUAGUGCCAGUGCUGCACUUCAUAAUAAAGGCCCAGAGAAAAGUAAUAUGUAUAUUAAACAAUCGUUAGUGCUCAAAUCGCAACCUCUUCAUCACUGGAAUUGUGUUUGUGUGUGUGUUUUUUUUAACAAGUUUACAAUCAGGAUUUAUUUCAAAGUGCCUCUUGUAGAGUUUUUAAUCCCACGUCAGCCAUGUCCUUUCUUUCUAAAGUGUUAUACGGUAACAUACGGGACAGCUGUUUUGUACGAAAAAAAAAAGGUAACGCCCCAUUUUCAGCAUGUUUAGGGAGCUUUAUCGCCAAAAGAUUUUAUUAAAUAUGUAAUUUAUAAAGGAACAACUUGAAGUUUUAGCUCUUCAUGGAAUAUUGUUAAGAAAAGUUUAUCAUUAUUAGAGGUGUCGGUGUAGACGGAGACAUGCAACAUUGAAACGUCUCAUUCCCUUGUUGCCGUUCUACAAAUAUAUCACUAUGCCUGCUAUAUUAAAAACAUGGCAUGAGACACACUGUGGGGUUUAGAGCAUCCCGUUGUCCUGACAGCUGCUGUACUGCUUGUGUACGAAAUCCUAAAAUGCUUUUACGUUUUAGAUGAUCUUUGCUCCAAAUUUGUUCCAAAUUUCUUUCGUUUUCUUCAUGAGUGGUUCGUUGUUCUGACAGUUUGUGUGUCAUCCCAUUAGGUUUAGUUUACCCUGUAUAUAUUCUGUGUAUUAUCCACAAAUAUGAACUACUUGAUAUAUUUUAAUAUCCUGAAACCUAUUAGAGGAAACUAUAAUAAAGCUGGAUUACAUUUGUGUGUA